ACAGUUAAUCAAUAUUGCGGAAAGAUGAAAAAAAUGCAGUUAUUACCAUAGUUACCACAUUUUAUAUUAAUUUCGAGCCAGUUCUUAUAUAUUUGACUAAAAAUAAGAGAAUUUAAAAAAUAAAAAAGUUUGAACUGCCGAAAAAGCCGCAGGAAGCACACACUAAAAUGCAAAUUGAAAAAAAUUUAGAAGAAAUAAGUCUCGCCAUCGAAAACGAAGUAUUAAAAGUAGAAUUGGCAGAUUUACAAAGGCAAUUGGCAGCUGCGAGCCUAAAAAUUCAGCAUCAAGGGCAGCUUCCACCCCAACAAACAAUGAAAACACCGCAACCGCCACAAUCUCCACAACCUCCGCAACCUCCACAAUCUUCGCACCCUCCACAACCUCCACAAUCCAGCACAAAAAAUGAAGCAUCCAAAAUGUCUCCGGAGAAAAAUAAAUGUUAG